GGCUCGCGGCGCAGCAGCAGGUGAGAGUGGAGCGGCGCCUCAGUCAGACGCGGAACAGAGGAGUACCGGAGCGGAGCUAUGGGAAAGCUACAGGAAUUUGACAUCACUUUAGCCAACAACAAGGUGGUUUACGGUCCGGGGGAGUCCAUUAGCGGAACUGUGAAAAUCCGAACCGGCAGCCCUCUGCAGUACAAAGCCAUCAAGGUGAACUGUCUGGGCUCAUGCGGCAUCUCCAACAAAAUGAACGACUCCUCGUGGAGUCUGGAGGAGCAUUACCUGAACAGCAUGCUAUCUGUGGCCGAUAAAGGAAUCCUGGCUCCAGGCGAGCACAGAUUCCCCUUCCAGUUCGUCCUUCCAGUCGCCAUCCCCACGUCGUUCGAAGGACCGUUCGGGAAGAUCGCUUACUGCGUGAGAGCGGCCAUCGACACGCCGCGCUUCUCCAAGGACUACAAAGCCCAGCGGCCCUUCUACGUCCUCAACAUGCUCAACCUCAACGAGGUCCCCGACAUCGAACAGCAGAGCUGCGCGGUGACGACGAAGAAGUUCAGCUACCUGCUGGUGAAGACGGGGACGCUGAUGCUGAAGACCCGCAGCGACCAGCGGGGCUACGUCCCCGGCCAGCUCAUCCGGCUCUCCACCGAGAUCCACAACAAGUCCGGGAAGGACACCGGAUACGUCCUGGCCAGCCUGGUGCAGAUGGUAACGUAUCGGACCAAGCGGCCGGUCGUCGACCGGCGGACCAUCGCGGAGGUGGAGGGAGCCGGAGUGAAGGCCGGAAAACACGCCGAGUGGAGGGAGCAGAUCAUCGUCCCUCCUCUUCCUCAGUCGGGGCUCAGCGGCUGCCGCCUUAUUAACAUUGAUUAUUUCAUUCAGGUGUCUCUAAAGUCUCCAGAAACGGUCGUCGUUCUGCCCAUCUUCAUCGGGAACAUCCCAGUGAACCUGUCCCCCGCCGGCUCCAUCCCCACCAGUCCCAGCUCUUCACUGGCUCCCAGUGCUACCGGAGUGAUGCCCAGCGCCCCGCCUGUGGAGGACGACCCAGAUGGCGAGCUGGGCGCCGGAGGCUUCACCAGCGAGGAGAUCCCCACUAAGAGCCACUCGCAGCAGGACCCGUCGGCUUCGCCGGUCACCAUGUCGCCCAGCGCCUUUAGCCACGCCCCCGGCGCCUCGCUGCCGCCCGGCCAGCUCCCCGGCGCCACGGCGCCGCUCUUCUGCCUGUCCACUGGAGCCACCAUACCGUUCUUCACAGAGGGCGACGUGAACCCAAUCCCCACAUCCUGCUCUCUCAUCCUGCCUCCGGAAUACAGCAGCUGUGACUAUCCUCAAGAACCACCGCCGACGUACGAGGAAAGCUGCAGCAGUGUGGACUCUAGUUUUAACAGCGGACAGUAGAAGAAGAAGAAGCGGACGGUGAAGUGUCAUGGCCGCCGCCUGACUGCUUUCCCCGCCACCCGAACAGAAACUCGCUGGAGGGCGCGUCCGCCCUGCAGACGGUCCAUUUGGGCUGAAAAGGGAUCGUUUCUUAUUUCUCUAAGAGUCUUGGUUUCCGCCUCGUCUCCCAGCCGGUAACAUCGGACCCAACAGGUGAACUUUGUGCCUAAAAAGUAUUUUCAGAUAAAUAUUUAGGAUUUUCUGUGACGGGACCUGUUUUAUUCUGGGAGGAGAGUGAAAUCUGUUUUUUAUUUCUGCAAGUUGCAUCUGUGAUGCCUUUAGUGUAACUGUAGCACCCGGCUGCUUCCGGACCUUUCCGUCUGGCCCUUUUCUGCUGUCGUAACAAAUCUGAGCGGCUGGGUAAACAUCAGGGUCGUGUGUUCGGCCCCCAGAUGUUUUGCUCAUCAACAAACCAGCAGCAGCGGCGGUGUGUUUGUGAUGUGCCAGUUCCUCUGCUGCAUCUGUCUGACCAUGAUGCAGAAACCUCAGAACCCAACAGAAACCCUUUCUGAAGGAUGUUUUAGUGAUUUUAUUUUAAAAGAGACUCAAGUUGUUUUGUUUUUAUGUUUCCAAGCUGUCAGAAUUUCUUGUCAUUUUUUAGGUCUGGAUAAGUUUUUCUGACUUUGUGAAUGUUUUCCUUUGGUAUUUGGCUGCUUUUUCAAACUAUUUCUGCCUUUUCGCUCAGCAUAUCGCGAGACGGUUGCUUAAAGAAAACACCUGAUUGAUUGAUUGAUCCGAAUCAAUCGGCUUAGCAAAUAUUCUACUGGAAAAGUUUACAAACUGCUCUGUGCAACGGAAAAACAAUCAAUAGAGCGAUUGAUCGAGACAAAUUAGAGAGAAAACAGGUUGGCUUGGUUUAACUGUUUUUGUUGUCUUUUGCUCCAUGCUGCCAUCUUGUUUUGGUUUUAUUUUUUAUUCAAAAGGAAAAAAAUAUCAAUAUUGCCAGAAAAAAGUCUUAUGAGAGUUGAGUCAUAAUAUUAUGAGAAUAAAUAAUACAAUAAAAAGUUGCAAUAUGAAAAAACUCAAUGUUAUGAGACAAAGUUGUAAUAUAAAAGACUUAAAAGACUAAAAAAGUAUUAAAUAUAAACUCAUACAUCCAGAAUAAAAAAUUCUAAAAUGAAAAUAAACUCAUGUUACAAGAUAAUGUCUUAAUAUUAGUAGAAUGAAGUAGUAAUUUUAUGAUGGCAGAUUAAAUAUGUAAUAUUAAGAUGUUGAAUAUCCUGUGAAGUUAAACUGGUUUUACAAAUUGGACAUAUUUUAUCCUAUAAAACAUCAGCAUCAAAUUAUUACCAGAAUCAAAACUUUGAAACGACACAAACUAGACAAUCUGUUUCUCAUAAAAAAAAUAAAAAAAAACUUCUCUAAUUUUAUGACUUUCUUCUGGUAAAAUUGUGUCUUUGCUAAUAUUCUGUCUUUAUUCUCAUAGUUAAAAUAAAAAUCUUAGUCCAGCUUUAAAACUCCAUUUUAAUCUGUAAUAAUUUAGGUUGAAAAUCCCACUGCGCCCCCUGGUGGUCGGUUCUGGUACAGGCUUCACCUCAACUCGCCGUUUAAAUCUGGAGUUUUAAGUUUCCGAGUCUGAGGAUCUUUUCUGUUGCCUUAACGCUCAUGUAGUCUGUAGACGGCAAUGUAAAUGUGCACAAAGCAGCACUUUCUGAAACUUUGAGUGUGUGUGUGUGUGUGUGUGUUCGUGUGUCUGUGAGAGAGAGAGAGAGAGAUGGGUUUGGAUCUAAGAUAUAAAAACUAGAUGCCACACUGAUUUUUUUAACUUAAUUUUUGUGUUAAGCAGUUUUUCCCUCAUCACCUGAUUUUGUAAAUCUUUUUUGUCGUCAUUUACUGUCUUUUUUUUCUUUUGCACAUUAAAAAUAUUUUAUCUGGUGUGACUCAGAGGAGGGAAAAGGAAGUGAACUGAUUGUUUAUUUGUGAGUUUUAGAGAAAAUCUCUUUAUUUAUGUUGACUGUUGAUUUUUUCUACCACUUUGCUGUCAAUCUGGGUUCCUUCACACUCCUGAAACUUUAUGGAAAACUAAAAACAAAUUAGCUCUAAAGUAAAUUAAGUUUGGAUUUCCAUAAUAUUUGCAGUAUUCUGUUCUUAAACUAGCAUAUUUUCAGACCUGAAACUGAAAGAACCUGAUCAUGUUGAGGUGAACUUUCUUAAAUUUCCAAGUUUAUCAUCUCGUUUUUUUUGACUGAAGGGUAAAAAUAGAGCGACAAUAGUUUAUCUUUGUCAAAAAGGCAAAAAUAAACAUUCAUGAUUAAUGUUUUCAGCUUCAACUAGCAGCUUUUUUAUUUGCAUUAUCCUGUUUAUUCAAGAAUUAGAGCUGAAAUAUCUAAAGAUCUUAUGAUUUUUUUUUUUUAAAUUCAACAAAAAAUUCAAGAUUUUAUUUGGAGAUAGUGUAAUAAAAUCGUUGCCUCAUAAAAAAAUACAUAAUGACUGAAUCAAACUGUUAUCGCUUUAAAACAAGCUUGAUAUCUAAUUAUUUCAAGAUAACUAAGUUGGAAAUUAGCAUAUUGCUAAAUUUAGUGUAUUUUAUUUAAUUAACUAGUUCAAUAUUGCAACAAAAAUGGGUUUACGUUUCUGUAUCAAGAUUAAACCUGAGGUUUUUUUCAGUAAAGUGAAGUGCAAAUAAAGGAGCUGGACAUAUUAUCUUAAGAUAAUGAGAUAUUGAACCAGUAUUUUCAACGAAGAACUCAUAUUUUAAUAUAAUGACCUCAUCAAAUUGUCGUAAUGUCGCAUCUUAAAAAUAACGGCUCGAUAAAAACGAGAUUACUGUCAGGAUUUUCUCUAAAUAAGGAAACAGUUGUAAUAAAUUAGAUUGGUGUCCUUGAAUCUAGAAAUAAUAAAACAAACCUUUUAUUUAUCUUCAUAUCUCAUUAUCUCAAUAUAAUAAGACAUAAGAAAUAAGAUUUCCCAGUUUUGGAGUUUUUAUUGCUUUAGAAACUGAUCUGAAUCACUAAAGUCACAGAAAACAUCCACACUUUAAGCAUUUAAAGGCAUUGAAAAUGUGAAGCAACCAUGUUGAAAAUGUUUGUCUUUUCUCUAAAUGUGAGAAUCUAAAGCACAACUACUGUCCUGAUUUAUUUUGAGUUUUCUCACGUUUUAAAGCAAUCAACGUCAGAUGAAAUCAGCGGGUUUAGAUCUGUCGUAAUGUAAUUAUGUUAAAGACUCUGUGAUAAUGUGACUGCAUGCCUUAAACGUCUGGGUUUCACUCAACAUGAGCCGGUUCUGGUUGUUUUCUAACAGAGAAAUCUCUGCUGGAUGCCCUCUAUGUAGCUCAUAAAGCAACGAGACACUGGACCUUUUAUCUGUUUUCAUUCUGAUUUUAGAAAACAUGUGACAUCUCUUAUUUCUGCUGCCUUUCAGACCUGCUUCUGUUUAUUUCAACAAAAGGUACUAUAGCUUUAUGAAAACCUGCUGUUUAUGCUUUUUGUUUUUUUCCUUUUACGCGUAAACGAGUGGCGUCUAGUUUUGUAUUUUUCUACUUGUAAAUUGUUUACAGGUGCAGUUUGAAUAUACUGAGAAAAGCACCUUGACCAGUUCAUGUAACGUUUCCAGUGCAGAAUCAGGGUUGUACUGUACAAUAUAAUAAUAAAAAUCACAUGACGUGUUUUUGUAGUUUAAACAGUC